AUGAGUCUCAAAUAUGUCCUAAGACAAAACCAGAGAGGGUUAAUAUUCAACUUCCCACAAUUUAACAUUAAAUCAACCAUUGAGCAAAUCCAACAACUACCUGACUCCAAGUCGAGGCUACGUGCAUUAUACAAACGUUUUUACAAACUUCGCCAGUUUGAAUGUACACCGAAAUUAUACAAAGUUGACGAUAAUCCAUACCUGAUACCAGAUAUAACCAUUGACGACUAUGUUGCUUUGAUUAAAAGGAAUUUCAGAAAUGUUGAUUACAAUUUAAAACGACAAAAGUUUCUCAAACUCCCACCGCUAUGUGAAGACCAACUUGAACAAAGACUUUUCGCUACAUUGACAUUUGUCUUUAAUCAUACAGUAGCGAAGAGAAACUUUCAUGCAGAAGAGGCUAUUGCCACUGUUGAGGAUGAGAAGAGAGCCAGCAUCGACACAACUGAGUCACAAAUUAUCAGUACCUUGCUUCGUAUGGACCAUGACUGUCCAUGGCAAAUCAAAUAUGAUUACAAGUUCCAAUGGCUAGAUCAAUUAGACAAACUACAAAGUGACAAGAAUGCAAAGAAGGGGAAGAAUAAUGGAAACGAGGUACUUGCUUACUUGACUUAUAAACAAUUCUUGACUACAGUAAUGAGAUUGAAUGAAAGUUUGGGUUUAUGCUUGUAG